GCCCGCUAGCCUUCUAUAUAAUUCCCAUGACCUUCCCAAUUAUACACACCAAAAGUUCAUUGAUUGUUCUGAUUUCUGCGUAUAGUAGAAAACAAUGGCUGCUUGCGUAAAAUGCCUUCUCCCACUGCUCCUACUUGUUGGUAUGCUCGGCCUUCUGACAGUCUCUGCUUCGGCUGAAGAUGUGAAGGUAACUUUUCUAUUUGAGCAGCGUCUCGACUCUAAUGGAUUCCCUUUGAUUAGGGGAAACAUUUCCUCCCUGACAAAUUCUAAGGCCAUGACACCAACAUCUGAUGACAUUUGGGUUCUUACUGUGAAAGUGACCAAAGGAGUACCAUAUGAGUACUAUCUGAGGGUGCUGCCUCAAGGGUUCCGCUUUGAAUGCACUUGUUUACCUACCCACAGAACUGUGUUGACUGUGCCCGAAGAUUAUCCAUACUCUAUCUAUCCGGAAAUAGUGACCGGAUACGACUGUAAUACGGCACUAUGCCCUCGCUCUAUUCGCCAGGUUGUGUGACAAUCUCUCUCGGAGUAAGGAGAUGUUGUCCCUCCAUACAUGGGCAUCGUAUCAGUGCUGAUAGAAUAAACGCGAGCUUUCUUAAAGCGACGCAGUAUUAUCUAUAUGUAUAUUAAUAUGUUGUUUAAUUAAGAUAAAUGUAUACCCUUAAUCUUUAAUGAUGUUAAUAUGUCGGAGUUCCAUAAAUAUUAUUUCGUGUGGU